AUGUCAGACUUAAAAGUCAUAGCAGAGACUAUGAUCAGCUGUGGAUAUGGCAAAGAGUGCAUAACAAGUUACAAGUCGAUCAGAAAGUCGAUUGUAGACGAAGGCUUACACUUGCUUGGGAUCGAGAAGUUCAAGAUCUCUCGGUUUAACAGAAUGGAUUGGGGUGUGGUCGAGAUUAUGAUCAAGAACUGGAUCAACGCUGCAAAGAUUGGAGUCACAACACUCUUCCGAGGAGAGAAGCUUCUCUGUGACCACGUCUUCUCUGCUUCGUCUACGAUUAGAGAGUCUUGCUUCUACGAGAUAGCCAACGAAGCAGGACUCAAUCUCUUCAAGUUGCCUGAGAUCGUCGCUAAUAAGGAGAUGAAAACACAGCCUGAUAGGAUCUUCAAGCUGAUGGAUCUCUACGCAGCAAUCUCUGAACUUUGGCCGGAAACAGAACAGAUCUUCCACUUUGACUCAGUAGCUGCUGUGAAAACUCUUGCUCUCUCAUCGAUGAAGAAACUAAAGAUCUCAAUCUACACACGUCUCAUGAAGUUUGAGAGGACGAUAGAAAAUGAUUCUUCGAAAGGACUUACUCCUGGAGGAGGGAUUCACAAGCUGACUCGUUCAACAAUGAGUUUCAUAUCAUUGCUUUCUCAACACGGCACUGUGUUAUCUGAAAUUCUUGUACAUCAUCCUCUCAAGAUAGACACACGUUUGCUAGAAUCUUACUUCACAGCUCCAAUCUUGGAAGAUGAGAACAUCAACAACCACGAGAUCUCUGUCCAUCUAGCUUGGCUUAUCCUUGUUUUACUAUGCAAGCUAGACAUGAAAGCUUAG